ACAACAUGGCUGCCAUGUGUGUCGAUCAGCACCGCAUACGAAUUUAAAGUGUUGUAGAAUUGUACGUUUUUGAUGGCACGUUAAAGGAAUCCGUAACUGACAUAGAUACAGCAAGAUCAACCGAAUACCCAUGACGCCAUCUUCUGGCUUUUCUAUCGUGGAAACCGGUCUCUGUAUUUGCGAAUUGAAAUGUCCACACCAGCAUUGCUGUCAGUACAACAAGUUUUGAGGAAAAGCUUUCAGAGUCUGGAAAACAAUCGGAAACUAUGGAAGUCUACGCUGGCUGAGUGCACCCCACUGAUGGUGUCUCUCGGAAAUUUAGCAGAGCAAAUUAAAGCUCUUGCGAACGUCCAAAUCUCUAACACACCUCUCCGAGUCUUCCCCGACCUGCAGGAACGUCUGCACUUCAAGCUCGUACUGGCAGUGGACGCAGUAUUGGGGAAACUCAAUGAGAAAAUGUGUUUGCUCCAGUCUGUCAGAGAUUGCAUUAGUAACCAGGUGUCUGGAGCCUUCCAGUUGUACGAGCAGAACACAGACAGUCUAGACCUGUUCACCUGCACUCAGCGUUCAGCAAUCGCUCCAUCAGUUGCAGACAUGUUGGAAUGGCUGCAGAACGCAGAACGACACUAUUGGCAACAAUUUCUGAGAAGAAAGGCUCUGCUGCAGACCCUGAGACCUGACAACAUCUCCCUGCUGGAAUCUGCUCCCCAGAGAUGGGAAUCAUUAGAGUCACCUAGUGGAGAUGAGGGUAUAACAGAUACACUUUUCAAAGUGUCAUUCUUCAUGGACUCGCAGUGAAGAAGUAACUGGCACGUGAACUGGACUCACACCUGCCUUUAGAACCAGAUGGCCUUCGAUUAAGACACUUAAAAGACUUUCAGUCAUCCAGAUCUAAGAAGAUACAAGUGAAAUAAGCAACAGAGAUGCUUUGCUUCGAGCCGAAACUACAGGAGCUACUUAAGAUAUGGUGUUUACAAGUUACUCCUCUUAAUGGGGAGUCAGAGUGAUUGCAUUGCAGGGAACCUUUCUGCAUCUUCAAAGAAGGUUGAAUCAGUUCAUCUGGAUACAACGUUUAUCAUCCUUGAUAGGGAGGAACGAUGGUUUUAACAUCUUCCUCCCUAUCAAGGAUGAUAAACGUAUCCAUAUGAACUGAUUCAACUUUCUUUGAUUUUCUUACCUGGAUUGUUGAGCAUGCAUCAAGACUUUCUGCAUCUUCAGCAGGUAUCUCAGGGUACCUGCUGGAGAUGCAUAAGGGUUCCCAGCCCUUCUGCAUCUUCAGCCCUUAUACAUAUUCCAAAUAAUACAGUUGAUGUACGUACUGCAUUUGUAUUUGCAUCUCUUUGACUGUCAGAUUACGGAAUGGGGUUUUAUGAGAGUAGGCAAAAAGUCAGUGGACCUGCUGAUGAGUACAAAAUGCUUGAAUUCAUCAGAUUUGACAUAGGAAUGAAAGAAAAAUCCCCGCAUUGAAAUCAUUCCGCCUCUUUCACAUUAUUUGAUAUUGAUAUUGUUGUUUUGGUUCUCGUUUACUGGAUUACCUGUUGAAAAUUGAGCUAAAUGUAAUCCAUCCAGCCAUUAUCCAAGCCACUUAUCCAAAUUCGGUUGCAGGAUGCUGGAGCCUAUCCCAGCAGUCAUUGGGUGGCAGAUGGGGAGACACCCUGCACAGACCGCCAGUCCAUCACAGCGCUGACACACACAUUCACACCUAGGGACAAUUUACUACAGCCAAUUCACCUGACCUACACAUCUUUGGACUGUGGGAGGAAACCGGAGCACCCAAAGGAAACCCACGCAGACACGGGGAGAACAUGCAAACUCCACACAGAGGACGACCUGGGAUGACCCCCAAGGUUGGACAACGUCAGGGUUCGAACCCAGGACCUUUUUGCUGUGGUGUGACCGUGCUAACCACUGCGCUACCGUGCCUCCCUAAAUGUAAUUGGUUAUUAUCAAAAUCUAGGACUCGAAAGGAAUGUGUUACAACAAAUUAUUAAAACACCAAGAAAGUCCCUUUAUUUCACAAGUUUGAUAAAUACAAACUCAUUCGUGGUUUUAUGCAACAAAACAUUCGAGGGCUGAGAGUGAACAAAUGUGUAAGAAAUCACUGCAGUCGUCACAACACAAGCAAAAACGGUGAUUGGGGAAUUAAUAGAAGUAUUAGCCAAUUCAUUAAAUGUCUCUAAGGCUUGUCUUGAUUUUUUUCCACA